AUGUCAGACCAUGAAGACCUGCUCGAGGGUCAGCCGCCCUCCAUUGACCCGUAUGAGGUUCUUGACCUCGAAAACACAGCAUCAGAGGACCAGAUCAAAAGAGCGUACCGCAAAGCUGCGCUGAAGCACCAUCCAGACAAGGCGCCCGCAAACGAUGCUAAGAAGCUCGCUGCUGCCAACAAGGCUUUCCAGGAAGUCGCCUUUGCCUAUGCAAUCCUGUCCGACCCCAAGCGUCGAAAGCGCUAUGACGAGACCGGGUCAACCUCCGAUUCCAUUCUAGAUUCCGAAGGAUUCGACUGGAGCGACUUUUAUCGCAAUGCCUUUGAGGACGCCGUCUCGGCCGACGCGAUUGAAAAGUUCCGGACGGAAUACAAAGGCUCAGAGGAGGAAAAGGAAGACCUGCUUCACUACUUUGAGCUAUGCGAGGGUGAUAUGCGCCAUGUCUACGAGCAUGUCAUGCUCAGCGACAUGGUUGAAGACGAGGACCGAUUCAGGGUGAUAAUCGACGAAGCGAUCGCGAAAAGGGAGGUCCCGGCUUUUGGGAGCUACCACAAGGAGAGCGAGCGACAGCGCGCAUCACGGAUGAAGAAGGCUCGCGCGGCCAAGGCACAGGAGGGCAAGGAGGCGGAGGAAUACGCCAAGGAAAUUGGCGCUCACGACAAGCUGUACGGGAAGAGCAACAACCAGGAGAGCGCUGAGGAUGGCCUCAAAGCUCUCAUCCAGGCGAGACAGUCGUCCAGGGCUGGCGCACAAGACAGCUUCCUGCACAACCUGGCCGAGAAAUACGGAGGCACUGCCAAGAAACAAAAGAAGGGAACCAAGCGGACGGUCAUGGACGAACCACCUGAGGAAGCGUUUGCGGCAACGGCUGCCAGGCAGACGUCAAGGUCUUCAGAGGGUGAUCCCGAGACGCCUAGGAAGCAGACAGGCAAACGUGUUAAGAGUGCUUGGAAUGAUCGUGCCGCGUAUGUCAUGAGUAUUUUAACACGUUACGCUACCUACCCGCGAUGCUGCUUUCACCUCUCCCCGACGCACAACGUCUGGUGCUUCCUACGCGCAGUCGAUAUUUCGCGCCUGGAGCAGCACGCCGGUUUUGAGGGUCAGGACUUUUAUUUCCACCGCAACUUGCCAAUACGAUGGGCGCGCAUUGUUGGUGUAGUCGUUGCUGUGGACGACUUCACAGGACGGCGCGUCUUUACCAUUGAUGACAGCAGCGGUGUCUGCGUGGAAGCCACUGCUUCCUAUGCGCCAGCGCCCAAAUUAAACCCGGCAAAACCCAGCCACAACGUCCCAGCCUGGGAUAAGACUGCUGGUGUCCAUUCUCUCAAUCAAGUCGAUGGCCAAUCUUUCAAGGCUGCAUCAUCCUCGCCUGGCUUGCCACUCCAAGAAACGGAAGUUGGCAGUGUCGUCGACAUCAAAGGCAAGCUGUCUCUAUUCCGUGGCGAGAUCCAGUUCAGGAUAGAGAAAAUGGUCACUGUGAGAACCACGGCCCAAGAAGUUAUCCUCUGGGAAAAGCGCAACAAGUUCCGGCGCGAGGUCCUCCACGCAGACUGGGUUCUAAGCGAAAAGGAGAUACGCCGAUGCCGCAAGGAGGCUGAGGACCCUGGAGCCCACGAAGAACGCAACGCCCAACGCAACCACAAGUCCGCACAGAGGGCAGCGGCUGUCAAGCGUUCCUUGAAGGCCAAGUCGAAACUGAGACGCGAAAUCACCGCCCAUUCGCCGGAAGAGGCUUGA